UCAAGCAAAACAGCUGUUAAGAGCAGCAGUGAUAUCAAAACAUUAAGGAAAAUGAAUAAAUUCUGUUUAACGCCAUGAGUAUUUGAUUCAGUUUAUUGUAAGGUUUAAUUUAUAAAAAUGGCGGUUUACGCGGCACAUUUGACACGAACGCUGCAAGGGACUCCGUCGGUGUUUGAAGUAGCAGCUCAAGAAGCUUUGGGAGCUACAGUGAAGCCAGCUUUGCGAAAACUUAUCGAGUAUGUAGCAUCAGUGUACCCAAACAAAUGUGGCUGGUGCGAGAAAUGGUAUGAUGAGCUGUAUCUACUCUUUGACUGUUGCCUGCAGUACCACUACCUUAAGCACUAUGCUGCGUCAUUCUCCGAAUCAUUUUACGGUCUGAUGCGUUCCCCUAUAUCACCGAGCUCCGAGUUCAACCUGGGCUCCCGUCUUCCUGACACCCUGGAGAAGGGAUCCCUGGCCCUGCUGGUGGUGCUGCCAUACCUGAGGGAUAAGCUGGAGAAGGUGGUGGAUAGGUGGCGGGAGGAUCUGGAGGAUGGCAGGUUGGGGAAGAGUAAAUCGGACCGUCUCCGCAAAGCAGCGAUCCACAUAUACUCCACAGUCCACCUGAUCUCCAGCAUCUCCCGGCUGGCAGUGCUGGCCCGCUACCUCACCGGAGGCAGUUCCCCCAACCUGGAGCUGCUGGUCCUGGGCCUGACCCUGACCAGUGCCCCUCCACCCCCCGAGGAGGAUACCUGGGGGGAGCUGUUCAGGAAUCUGGUGAAUGGACGGUUUGGGAGCGCAUCGCUAACGUUCCCGCUGUUCUGCCGCUUGGUGUCGGGUGGUGCUGCGUGGGGCGCGUGGCUGGUGCAGCUGCUGCGGUGGUUGGACGCCAGCCCCACUGUCGCCGCCGGCUUGCCCGCACCACCACCACCCACGCGUGACGAGCGAGCAGUGCGCUACACGAACAAGUGCCCGCUGUGCCUGCACACGUGGAAGGUGCCCACCGUGCUGCCCGUCUCCGGCUACAUAUUCUGCUACACAUGUAUAUCCCGACAUCUCCGCACUACGGGCACGUGCCCGGUCAGCUGCCUGCCCGCCUCACACAGAGCUCUCGUUAGACUCUAUAUAGACGUGUAGAUUGAUUUACACUGGCUGUGGAAAAAUGUCUACACGUCUGGGGCAGAUCUAUAACGUCUCUACAGGUCCACAUGUCUCUACAUGUCCACACGUCUCGACAUGUUCCACCUACACGUUCAGAGCGCAUAUAUAAUAUAAAUAGAUGUGUACUGUGUAGACUGUAGGGAAUGCACUACAUACUCGCUAUUUACCAUUUUAGCACAGUCGAUUUUCACAUUGACCGGCCAGAACUAAUGUAUACUCACGACUGAAGUACACCAACAAUCAAGGCAUAUCGUUUUCACAACAUUUGUAUGGAGAUAAGCUACUGCUAGCUUCCUUAUACUGUGGUAUAUCGUAUAACACAUCAAUAUUGCUUUUCAAUGUCAACAUGUCAACAUGUCAUCAUUGUAACAUGUCAACAUCUUCUGUAAUUUUUUACAAAAUGUUUGUGCAAAAGAAAUACUAUUUGUAUAGCAAUAUGUAUAAAAUUUUACUUUAUAAAUAUUCCCUAGCUUUCUACACGUCUGGUUCUAUUGUAUUUAUAAUUAAAAUAAAAUAUAAAAUAUGGAUGAAAAAUUUAAUUUAAUUAAAAAAGAACUGUUAUCAACUGUUUCUGAUAAGAUACUGUCGCCUUUGUACUUUUGCUCUUGAAAAGUUGUUAUACGGUAAAAUGUAUGUCUCAAAUUGUUCUUACAUUAGUUACAAUAUAAAAAGAUAUACCUUUAUAUAAAUUGUUUAUAAAUGCAAUUAUAGUAAAAUUAAAAAAGUUUAAUUUCGAAUAUUCAUUGACUUUCGUUUUAUUUGUUUGAGGAGUUUUUGGAAAAUUCGCAAACGUGUAUUAUGUAAAUAAGACGGGAUUUGGCCGUUGGCGACAAUUGUGCCUGAAUGUAACUAUAUAGCAAUAAUUAUAUUAAAAUGUUAAUAGAAUAUAUAAUUAAUUUUAAUUCGUAGUUGGUAAGUGCUCGGGCUGUGGUAAAUUAAUAAUGUUAGUGGUUGUCAAAGUUUAUAUUUUGUAUGUACAGAUUUAUAAAGAUGUUUUAUAUGCAAUAAAUAUAUUAUUUAAU